AUGGGGGGAAGAGAGGAUGCUCCAGGGCGCAAUGGGGAGGAGAUCGCCAUCCAUCUCGGGGACGGGGGAGCUAAUCUGGCGGGGUUCAGCCAGGAAGAGAAAGCCCACGACGAGAGCUCCCGCGGCCGCAGGAGGAUCUGCUGCUGCAUCUCCAUUCCUCUCAUGCAGAAGGUGGGAGGGAGAUCUGCCCUAACCAAACGUCUUCUCUUUUUUUCCGUGGUCGUCGCUAACGAUUCUCUCCAGAUCAUCGCCGAGAUCUUUGGGACGUACUUCGUCGUCUUCGCAGGCUGCGGAUCAGUGACUGUCAACCUCAGCAAGGGGACAAUCACCUUCCCCGGCAUCUCCAUCGUCUGGGGCCUGGUGGUCAUGGUCAUGGUCUACUCCGUCGGCCACAUCUCUGGCGCCCACUUCAAUCCCGCCGUCACCAUUGCCUUCGCCACCUGCGGGCGCUUCCCCUGGAGAGAGGUACGGCUGCCCGUCUUCUUCCUCUCCGGCCGGCGGUCUGCGAUCUUCAUCUCCCGGAGGUCUAAUCUCUCGGACGGCACUCCGCCAGGUUCCGGCGUACAUCUCCGCCCAGGUGGUCGGGUCGACCCUCGCCAGCGGAACCCUGUGGCUCCUCUUCGGGGGGAAACACGAGCACUUCCCGGGGACUAUCCCGCAGGGAUCCAACGUGCAGUCUUUCGCCCUGGAGUUCAUCAUCACCUUCUACCUCAUGUUCGUCAUCUCCGGCGUCGCCACCGACAACCGAGCGGUGAGUGCCCCCCCGCCGCCUCCAUGGAUUCCGGCCAACUGUGCUUACCCGAGCUUCCUUACUGACCAUGGCACAGAUCGGCGAGCUCGCGGGGUUGGCGGUCGGGGCCACAGUGCUGAUCAACGUACUCUUCGCAGGGUGGGUAAUCCAUGGGGAUCGCCCAUGAAACCAGAGACUGUUCGUCUUCAUCUUCUUCUUUCUCACGUCGAUCUGCGCAGGCCGAUCUCGGGGGCGUCGAUGAACCCAGCGAGGUCGCUGGGGCCGGCGAUCGUCGGGAACCGGUACGAGGCGAUUUGGGUCUACGUUGUAGGGCCGAUUGGUGGGGCCGUGGGGGGAGCCUGGGCGUACAAUCUCGUCCGCUUCACCGACAGGCCCCUGAGGGAGAUCUACAAGAGCGGCUCCUUUCUGAGGAGCCUCGGGAAGAACACCUCAGCCUCCGCCGCCACCACCUGA